CCUGUUACUACAGCACCAACAAAAACAAACGGUAAAAUCUUAGUCCAUUGUUUUUCUGACAGUUUCAGGUGCCACCUGUGUCUGUUACUGUGAGAUGUCUUUAGUGGGGAUGAACCGUCCUUUAUAUGGUACAGGUAAAAGACCAGUGCGAACCAGGAAGGUGUCUGCACCCAAGAAAGAAUGGGUGAGCACAGUGCAUGAUCUUUCAGUGCAUAAACCCACACCAGAGGAACUGGCUCGACGUCAUAAUAUGCACAGAUCUCAGAAUAGGGGCGUGGCGCAGUGGGAAUUAAAAGAAAAGGCUCGAACACGCAGACGGAGGAAAAACCAGCCCCCCAGUCCUCCAGGACUUGAUAGAGCUCGACUCAACAUCAUCAGAGAGGUGUUUUCAGAUCGGUGUCAGUUGCAGGAUGUCUUUGCGCGGUCAGACAGAGCUUUGGCUGGAGUAAAAGACCUGUUUGGUGAUGCACCCCGUCGACGCACAGGAUCCCCCACCAUUACUGUGGCACCUGACUGUGAUUCUGACUCUGAGCUACCUGUUCAUCAAAAAUCUGAUCCUCCAACCCAGCUGUCAUUGCUCAGCCAGUCUAUGAUGGAUCAGCAGGCCCUGAAUGAGUUGAAGGAGUGUGAAGAGGAGAAUGAUGAAGCUCAGGAUGCCUCUGUGCACCUCAGCUCUAUGAUGCACAGAAAAAGAAAUAAAUGUAGGUCAGAGUAUUUUCUAUGGGCCUCAGACCAUCCAGAGCAAGAGCUACCCAAAACAUCAUGUCAUACUGGAGUCAGAGAAGAUCAGGCAGGUAUUAAGAGCAGGUCGGUUCAAGCCAUUAGAGGGCGCCCUGGAAAUACUUCUGGUCUGAACAGCUCAGGGUUAAGCUCUCCGGCAGGAAACCAGUCCAGUCUGGAGCUUCUGCAGGGCAUGCUUGAGCAAGUGGAGAUUGAGCUAGACUCUCUAGACCACCAGAAUCCUCCACCACAAGCUAGACCGCAGCAACAGAGACCAGGUCUCACUGGCUUCUCUGUCACUUUAGUGGCGACACUUGGACGUCUAACCAGCCAUAUAAGAAAAAAAGAAAAGGAGGCUUUGAGGGAGGCACAGGAGAGAAGACGAUUAGAGGAGGAAGUGAAGAAGCAGAGAGCUUUGAUUGACGCCCUGACUGUGGAGUCACUGACACUGAGGGAAGAGAGCACUGCCCUGCAGGUGAGGCUGCAGCAGCAGAUAUCUGACCUAGAGCAAUGCCUAGAUGCUGUAGUCCUGGUGGUGGGAAGACCAGAUUCUGCUAAACCACACACUACAGUGCAAAUCACAGACAACACAGCUCAAAAAAGUUUUGAAAAGGAUUUACAGCAACAGCACUUUGUCUCUGCAGCUGUGCUGCUCUCUCCUCCUCGUCAAAGAGAUGGUCUGCUUCCCGCAGCGUGUAAUCCAGAUUCACUCGCACCCCCGCUGCCCUUCAGUGGCUCCUAUGCAGCAACAGGAAGUCAGGGUUCACUGGAGGACUUUGAUAUCUCAAUCUCUCCUUCAUCCUUCGCUAGCCUACCACGAGCCACUCAUUUGCUGGAUGAUCUCUCCCAGGAUGCCAUGCUAGGAGAGAUUGCUGAACUGACAUGUCAGAACGCAGCGAUCCGGGCCCAGUUGGGGCAGCACCGUCCAUCUCCAGCUGGGGCUUCAGUAUCAAGGGAGCAGAGCGCAGACCGACUUUCCACAACCAGUUCUAUAGUUAGACAAGUGUCACCCUCUACAGAGCCACUGCAGCCUAUUUCUGUAGAGAGAUCCUCAACAGUGGAGAUUGAAGAAAAACUGCGGGAAUUGAACCGCCAGAGUUCCGAAGCAAGAGCUAAAUUACUAGAGCUCAUUGAACAACAGAAACAGAGUGCCUCCCUCAGAGUUUCCCCUGCCAUUUCCCCAGUGCCUCCUCACUCCAGAAGCACUCACACAGAAGUUAGAGGGUUAACUCCAGAGCCAUUUUUGAUACUUCCUGAGAGAAACUAUUCACCACAAUCCAGUGCAAGUAGUCGUAGGUCAACUGGAAGACGUUCACCACAAAGUUUGGAAAGUGUGGAAAUCCAGAGCCUUGAGAAUCAGGUGGACAAGAUGAAAAGAGUGGGCUGGUUUGCAUUGUCAGGUCAUGUCAAAUGAAUUGAGCUCAACAGAGGAAUAUGGUCUAUGCAUUAACAUCAUUUUUUCAUGCACAAUAGCAUUCGAAUACAUUUGACAUCCCCAGGUUGGUCUGAUCAAACAUCCUGACAGCAGCAUAUCUGUAUAAUGCUCAUGUUGAGAACGGAACAGUCUGUGCAUAGGAGCUCAACACAAGGCAACAGACCAUGAGAAUUAAGCCUGAGUUGUUGGCUUGGCCAGAUUACAUCAAUAAAACAAUAAAUCAAACCUGAA